AUGAGCUUCCACGCAUCUGCUGUUCACAUUGAGCUUGAGGAUGGUCAUAUCCUCAAGGCUGUUCUUCGCAAUGAAGAUGGUGACGAGCAGGAGUCUACCCUGGACCUCAAUGAUCACAUUGGCAACGACAAUGGUCACUUCCACUGGGAAGGCGGGAAUUUCCAAGCCAGCGCUGAGGACAUCACCUUCGAUCGUGAAGGGGAGGACGGCAUCCCUGUUCUACGAGCUAUGCUCCAUGACGUCGAUGGAGAGGGACACCCGGCGGAUAUCAAUCUAUCGGAGCGCAUUGGAAAUGACAACGGGAACUUGGUCUUCAACUAG